AAGUCCAUGUUAACAGUAGGCAAUCUUUUGUAUCUCAAUCCGUAAAACUGAUUUAUAGAAAACUCAUUUACUCGCCUACGCAGUAAAGAAUAGGGAUAUUUUCCCAAACAAACCUUAGAAUUUGUAAACGGCUGAUUGUUAAACUGGUUAGUUAGUUUUUAUCACCUGUAUAUACGUAUAAAUUUUACAUUGAGCUUGAUUAUGCAGUGGUUACUACGUAGUUAUUUCUUAUUAGUUGCUUGGCAUGCACGGUCCUGCGUCACCAACAGCAUUUACUACAUCACAUAUUAGUCAAUUGGUUACAUUACUAAAGGCUGCGUGUUUCGUUAUGUAUUGUGAUAAAAAUUUACUUCGCCAGUUUUGUGUUCAAAUGUAGCAGUUGUCAAUAAACCACCCUCGUGUGAAGACGGAUGCGUCCACGGGUGAAGUUCGCAGCAAGCGCUAGGCCGCGCCGCGCGGUGACGAUGUUGCGCGUCGACGGAGCCGCAUAUAAAUGCAUACAGUCUGCUCUCUCCCGCGACUUCUCGUCUGAAGCGCGCCGAGCGGCUACCUAACGCACGCCCAAACCUCACUAACCAAAUUUCAAAAAAUCGAAAAUAAAAUGGACAACGCUGAGCUGUACGAAAAAGGGAACAACAUGCAAAAACGGGACGCCCUGGAAUCACUACAAGAUUACGCAGACAAAAUCAAAUGGAAACAAUACGGAGCCAGAAUCUUGGACAUCGGCAGCGGAGACGGAACCGUGACCACCAGAAUUUUAAAAGAGUACACUCCACAGAACUACAAAAUAAUCGUUGGUUGUGAUGUGAGCGAGAAAAUGGUGCAGUUCGCAAACGACAAUCACGGGAACGAGAGGACCCGGUUCAUCUUGCUCAACAUUGAAAAUUACCCGCCCAAGGAACUGAUGGGAUCCUUCGACCACGUAGUUUCAUUUUACACACUACAUUGGAUCAAAAAUCAAAAGUCUGCGUUUAUGAACAUAUUCGACCUGAUGACGGAAGAUGGUAGCUGUUUUCUGAUAUUUUGCGGACGGAAUCCUAUAUUCGAUGUGUACCGAACUUUGUCCAAGAGAAGCAUUUGGCGACCGUGGUUGGAAAAUGUCGACCGAUUCAUAUCUCCAUACCACGACUCUGAGGACCCUGAGAAAGAAAUCACACAAAUGUUAGACAACAUCGGGUUCCGAGACAUCUACGUUACAUGCAAGAAGAAGCACUUCGUUUUCGACAGCGCUGACGCUAUCAAAAGUGCAGUAAAAGCCGUCAAUCCAUUCAGCAUUCCUAGUGAACUUUACAACGACUUUCUAGAAGACUAUUUGGAGGUUGUCCGGCGCAUGCGCAUCAUGGACGAAGCGAAUAAUAACCAAAGCACCGUCAAGUAUGAAUACGACCUAAUCAUAGUGCACGCUAGUAAAUAAUUUUGACGAUUUAUCAACUUUUUACAAGCUUUUAUUUAACUUGAAAUGAGUAUAUGUAUGAGUGUAAGUUAUGUAUGUAUGUAUGUUCAGGUGGAAUCUUGCAACUUUAUUUUGAAGCAUAUAUUCAACCGAUCAAGCAGAAAUUUUGUAUACACGUUUAAUCUGGCUGACAAUGCGUAAUUAUUACAUGUAUGACCUGAUGGUGCACCGGAUCGGCCCCCGACGAGGGAACUCGUUAAAGGUUUAUUAUGAUUUUUUAACAUGUGUCGAGUAAAUGCAAUAAGAUCUCUGUGACGACAUUAAAAGCUUGUGUUAAAGUCGGUCGAGCGGUUUAGCCGUGAAAGCGGAAGAGAUAGAUAGACAGACAGACUUUCGCAUUUAUAAUAUUAGUAUGGAUUUGUAGAUAUUUGACUUAUGUCAAAAACACUAAGUACUUACAUAUAAGUAUUAUAGUUUAUAAGAAUAGUCUCUCUAUUAUCAAAUAAGAAAUGAUUUUUAAAACUGCGACCAAAUUGAAAUUGAAAUUUAAUAGUUUCUAUGUAAUUUCGGUAAAACUGUAUUAAGUAGUAGGUAUUCAAUGUGUCACCGAACUAAUAUAGAAACUGUUUACAACCAAUCUAAUGAAAUAAAAUACGUUUCAUCUAUACAGAUAUACAGAUUUAUAAAAGAUAAAUAUAUAGAUCUUUGCUCAAGUACAAAAUCUAAUGUGUCUAAUAUAAUAUUUUUGCUUUUAGAAGAUUCUAAGUUACGAAUGUUCUUAAAAUUAACAAUGAGAGCAGUGACUUGUGCUGUGUAUAUUUUAGCGUAUUUGCACUAGUAAGUUUUGCUAGUUUGAUGAAAACUUGCGGGAUGUAAAAUUUUGUUUCAAGAAAUUACGGUAAAUUUACAUUAGCAAAAGUUAAGCAUAAACUUAAUAGUGUAAAAUCGGCCUUAGUUUUAAAUCUAGUUAAGUAUGUAAUGUAACGAUGGUAAACGGUUUGGUGUGGAUGAAGAAGCUUUAAAAUAUUUAUAAGUACUACCCACCUGUGAGCAAAUGCAUUAUUUUAUAUCGUAAAUACCUGUAUACAGUAAUUUAAGUAAGAUCUUAUUACCCAAGAACAUGUAUUGAAAAGGUUUUAAAAUGCCUAAAACCGAAAGCGGAGUCUUUAGUAGCUGUAAGAGCCUCCUGUUUGAAUAAUUGAUAAAGAAAAAAUAAUUAUUAAAAUUGACGAUGAUAACGUCCGUUUAAACGUUUGAUGGUAGUGUAUUUUCGUAUAUAGAUAGAUAAAAAUUACGUGUUACCUUUACGAUUGGUAAAGAGUAUACGAAAAUUAUGUUCGAUUAAUUUUAAGACAGAGAAUCGAAUUACGUUUUUAAAUAGAUAUUUAUAUUUUUAUAUUAAAUGUAUGGAAUAUGACAAA